AAAAUGUGCAGUCGCAAUUCUUAAACUGGCAAGAUAGUCCGGCGGAUUUCGAACUCCCACUAAGGGAUAAUAAGCACGAGGCAAAGUCUCCAAAUGAAACCGUAAAGCAAAUUAGCUUCAUGAGUAGGCAGCAUAUUUGGGCAAUAUGAUAAAUCAAGAGUUCAAUAUGAGUCAGAUGGUUGAGACAGGGAAUGAUUCGCAACAGGGUGCAAUGAGGUGCCAAUUUCAUUUCAUACCACGUUCGUCGAAACGGGGAACUAAUUUAGUCAUUGAUGGUUACAUCUACUACAAAAACUCGAAAAGCAAACAAAGUGUUCACUAUAUGUGCUCAUACACAGGAUGCAAGGCUCGCAUAAAUACAGAUGCAUUGAAGUCAUUUCUACAGUUCAACGAAGAAAAACACAACCAUGAGCCGAAUAAUAACUUCGUGAAAGAUCAAACAUUUCGACAGUUCAUUAAAGCAUUAAUUAGAUCAAACCCAAAUUGUGGACCGAAGAUGAUAUACGAUCAUACUAAACGUCAUUUAUGGCCCAAUUUCGAGAUGCCGAAGUUUGAUAAAAUAAGAGGCAGCUUAACUCGAUGUCGCACGGGGCAACGAAAUCGCGGAAUGCAACCAGCUGUAGAUUGCAAAAUUCCAAACAAAAACAGUGCAAUUACAACCUCCGCUAAAAUUACAAAAAGUAGCGAAAACGUAGAAUCUGGUGCAGAGUCGGACGAGUGUUUGUCGAACGAAAAUUCGAGUGAUUGCGAGCUGGACUCGUUUCAACCUUCAGAAUCGAAUAAAUCUUUCGUGGAGUCUGCUACUGGCCAAGAGAUCACUCCCGAAGUGAAGUGUGAUCUAUGUGCGAAUGGAAUCACUUUGAUUCCCGAACCUCCUUCUCAUUUCGCAGAUAUUAGACUUCCGGGUAAAGUUCCAGUCAAGAAAGAACCACAUGUGUAUUCUAGAGGACCUACGAUAGUGAACUUCGAUCUUGAUGCUCUAACUGAGUCGAGCUUAUCUGAAAAUGGUUUUGAAAAAGAUCGCCGAACCACUGAAGGCGAGAUUUCCCUGGACCCAAAGUCAAAUCAUGUGUCACCCUGCAUUACCUUUCUGGACCAGUUCGAUCGAAUUAAUGGACAGCAGAAACUGAUGACGUCACCUCCGAAUGUUGCACGCUCUGCGGAUCCCGAUUGGGAGAAAGACUCGAAGAUGCUCAUGGAAUGCGGUGCAGUUAUGCAAACAUACCAAUGUGUUCCCUCUAGAAGAAGUCAAGGAACCAAUUUGGUCAUAAACGGCUACUGCUUCAAAUCAAACUCUAAAAGUGUGAACCAACACUACUUUAGAUGUUGCAAGGGGAACUGCAAAAGCCGAUUGAUAACAGACAAGGACCGUAAGUACAUCAAAUACGUCGAGGAUAAGCAUAACCAUGAACCGGAGCAUGACUAUGUUCGAGAGCAAUACUAUCGCGAGUACUUGGCUUGUUUGGUCAAAUUGAACCCAGACUUGCACUUGAGAAGUAUAUACAAUCAUGGGUUGCAACACGCACAACCUGGAAUGAAAAUGGCACCUUACAGGCGAAUGCAGCGGUUUUUGAAAGCGUGUGUUCAAAGAUGGAAAUGCGUAAAUGGUCUUGGCAAUACUAAAGUAAAAAGUAAAGAAGCUGACAGUUCAAAUGGUAUAAUGGCUGAUGGGCAAAAUUUCAAUGGUAAUGAAUCAGAUGCAAGUUUAAGUGACGAUGAAACAAAUGGCGCCAACAGUGACGAAGAUCAAAUUGAUGAAGCAACUCUGGCCGACGAUACUGAACAAAAGUUGAAACCUAAGAUACAUUGUGAUUUAUGUCAAAAGGGCGUGCAGAUUUUGCCAGACCCACCGAGGUAUAAAAUAAUGAACCUUAUGCUAACGAAGCCAAAGCGUGUACAGCCCGUCGGCGACAAAGACGAAGAAGUGUUUUCAAACUUGAUACAACGGGCAUUACAAAAUGUUGAUGGGCAAAGUUGUUCUUUUCCAGAAAUCAUAGAUGGUAUUAAGGGUCAGAGUAAGGUCACCGAUGCUGUCCAAAUACAAGAUAAGCCAGAAUCAAAUGAGGACUUGGCAGUUCCUUCUGUGACAUUCCUGGAUCCACUCCAACAACCGAAAGUACAUGACUCUAAUCACAAGACUACAGAAGGGUUCUGGAACGGUAAAACAGAACCCAUAACAAUAAAGGAAGAACCUAUGGACUGUAGUGAUAUGCUAGCUGAGAAUCACCCGUUCAGUUUUGAUGGCAAUAAGGAAGACGAGGCCGAAAGUGAGGGCCCGAUAGCUUCCACGGAGGAGAAACAAAAACGCAUUCUCAAGUACAUGCGAGAAUGCUCCAAGAAGCGUCGAAACGUGCAGCCAGUAACUACGAGAACAGUUCCCGUUCCGGUUGCUCCAGCUCCAGCAUAUCCACAUCAAACGACAGCAUACACUGCGUCAAAUGUACCGAGGUUCCUCCCGCCUCAAUCUCAAACUGUGCAAAUCCAGGUCGGUCAGCAGACGCAACCGAGAAUUGUUCAGCCAGCUAUGACUCAGCCUAGGAAAAGAGGGAGACCGCGUAAUGAUUGCAGCACUACACGAGGGGAUGGGAUAACAAGGAAGCCAUAUCCAGCGUUGUGUCCCUCUAACGUCAUUCGACCGCCGACUGUCCCUAAACCGGCGCCUUUGUUUGUGAAUAUUCUACCAGAUGGCACAAUUUGCGACGCAAACAUCAAGCUUAUUUCUCUUGCCGCUCCUAGAGCUCAAGCGAACUCAAAUCAGUUUACCCCUACACACGCAGUGAUCCCCUUAUCCCAGGUAGCUACCACGCUCCCUGGAUUGCUGCCGAAAGCACAACAAGAUCUUAACAUACCUCAGCCGAGGCCGGUGAAAGUUCUUCGACCUUCCCCUCCGACCACAUUCAAUAUUUCUCAAAAUAUGAACCGGAACAUUUAUUCCAUUCCGCGAAGCAAUUCCCAGUCGGAUACUAAUCGCAAUUCAGUGCAGAACUUAAAUGGACAGAAUUUGAGCUACUCAUCUUUUCCGAACCUCGUCAAUCCAAAUUUUUUUCUCAAUCCAAGUAGUGUUUCAACUUCUACUGUGGCUCGCACAGUUAUUCCAAAACCAAACGAGUUUCAUGUAGCUUUUUCUCAGAAAAAUUUAGCUGCAAAUGGCAAUAGUUUUCAAACGGUUGGUGGUUCCAACCAGUUUUAUGUCCGCAACAUUAAUGAUGCCCGGGCUGUCCAAACUAUAAUUCCCAAUGUGAAUUUUGCAGUCAAAGAAAACAUAAUUCAGGCUAACAGUGGAAAUUUCAUUGAGAUUUCCAGUCGAAAUUUGCGUCCAAAUUUGAAUUACAAUAUUGCGUGUCGCUCAUCGCCUGAAGGUUUUGUUCCGAAGAUGAGUUCAAGUUUCAGUCUUAAAUCAAAUAAUUGCUUUUCUACCAAUUUUGAGUCGCUGUCGUCGCCCGAAGAAUUUAUUCCCAAUACUAGUGGUUAUUUGAUUCCCAAACCUCCCAGCAGAUUUUCGAACGAUGUUCAGAGGAUGUUGAAUGGAGGAGACAAAAGUAGUUUGUCUCGACCGCCAACUUCUGGUUUGGUUCCCUUGAAACCAAUGAGCUCGUAUGAAUCACUUCGCAGAAAAGUCAUGGCUCAAAUGGCUGCAUCGUCUUUUCGAAGGAAAACUAUGCCAGCCUUCCGUUUAACCGAAUCUCAAAGAACGGGCUACUCCAAUCUCGAAAUUGAGGGAUAUCGGUUCAAGAGGUCACGCAAAACACCCACCAAAGUGUACAUGUUGUGUGUCGAGAAAAUGUGCAACUCAACAGUAACUAUGGACGCAGGCUUAACUAGGAUUAUAAAUCCCCCUAAAUUACACAACCAUCCACCAGUUGAAGAUAAAAUCAAGUCGGCCCAAAUAAAGCAGAAAAUUUUUGCAGCUAUCGAAAAAGAGCCGAAGCGUAAAUGGACAGAUGUGUACAAGGAUGUUAAAGAGAUGAUUCCAAAAGAAGAUCACGAGUAUGUACCGAAGUUAGUCGACCUCAGAAGGAUGAUUUUCUACCGUCACAGAAAACUAAAACGACCGCCUGUGAGAAAAUUGACAAUUGUAGACAAAAUUGCAAUGAAAUUGCACAAGAGGUCAAAAGAAGCCGAUAAGAAAAGGAGAAUCGAAGCUACGACAUUCCGUUUCGUACAGUCAGAGAGAUCUGCGGCUCUCACUCUAGAGGCAGACGGCUACUCAUUUAAACGCAGUAAACUCAGACUCAAUAGAGUAUUCUACACUUGCUCUAAGAGAGGCUGCAACUCUACCAUCACUCUCGAUGGCACUUUGACCGAAGUCAUUAACCCACCUAAAGAGCACAACCACCCGUCCGUUAAAAGAGAGAUUAGAAGAUUUGAAAUAAAGCAGAAAAUGCUGCAAGCAUUCGCAGCAGAACCAUCAAGAACAUAUGAGAGUAUUUAUGAUGAGAUUGUGAAGGGUUUGCAUCUGGAGGAAGUAGGACAUUUUGUACCCGAGUUGAAGAAAAUAAAACGAGUGUAUAAGUCUUUAUAUCGUAGACAUCAAAGACCUGCUACACCGAAAAUGUUGGAAGCUGAGAAAGUUGAAGAGAAACCGUACAUUCCAACAGUUUUCCGGCUGGUUCAAUCUCAAAGGACAGGAUAUACGAACUUAGAAAUCGAUGGGUUCCGAUACAAGCGCAACCGUAACUCAGGCAAGAAACUCCAUUACCAGUGCGUGGAAAAAAAUUGCAGAGCCACUGUCACUGUUGAUGCAAGUAUCACAACUAUUAUACACCCACCGAAAGUUCAUUGUCAUCCUCCAGUUGACCUGGAAAUAAAGAGAGCAGAAAUUAAGCAGAGAAUUUUCAAACUAGCUGAAAAUGAACCUCACCGAACUACGAGAGAAAUCAUUGACGAAGUUUCCCAGUCGCUGAAUGAGGAGGACAAGCAUCUGCUGCCGAAACCAGAAGAAGUGCGGAAAAGUGUGGCGUUUCGUCGUAAAAGAGCGUUGCAGAGUUUGAAUGACGUUGACCCGAACGAAGAUUUGGAAAAAAGUUUGAAUCUUGAGUCAGAAGAAAGCAAUGCAGUCGAAAUUACCCAUGAAAAGGAAAAAGAAAUUGCAGGUGUUUCAGAAAUUGGCGAACAAGUUUUGUGUAGCAGUCGCGACGAACACACAGAAAUUGAUAGUUUACACGAAGAAGAUUAAAAAAACAGCUCAACUCCAGAGCCCACUCUAGAUUGAAUUUUGUGCAGCCACUGACCAUGACACAAAAAAACGUUCUUUUAGCCAGUGAAUGGAUAUUCGAUUUAUAGGUUUAAAUUGGCUCGAUGCAGCUGUUUUUGUAGUUGAGUAGUAAAGCAAAAACUGAAACAAAAACUUUUCGAAUCUAUCGUGUAUUUUAAAUUAUUGACUUUUUAUGUCAUC